AUGACUGAAGAUAUCAAACACCCUAUUACCAUUGCCAUCCGUCGACCAAGCAAGACUCCAUCUGUCUUUGUUGCCGCCUCAUUCACAGACCCGGCAUGGGAGCCGGUGGAGCUGACUCCUGAGCUUGUAAGCUCGAAAGACGCAUCGACUACCGAGGAUAGCUCUACACGGAUCGAAGAGUACGAGUUUUCAAAGAAAUUCGAGCUACCCGAAGGCAAGCACCAAUAUAAAUUUCGUCUCGACACUGAUGAGAAGACUUGGUUCUGUGACGAGAAGGUGGAGACAGUGGUCACUGAAAAUGGAAUUUCCAACAAUCUCCUCGUUGUGAACGAAACCUCUCCCACCUCCCAGACCAAAGAUUCUAAAUCCACCAACGGUACGUCGGGCGAUACCGAAUCAAAGGAAGUCACCAAGGAGGAGAAGGGGAAGGAUGAAAAGGUCGAGGCGGUCGAAGAGGCACCGGCAGCCGCCAUCAUCACGGAUAAGUCUGACGACAAAGAAGCCCCCGUAGACGUGGUAGACAAAGCUGCUCCAGCAAAGGAGGAGAAGCCAGACGACCCCGUGAAUCCUGUUGUCGAGAAGGAAGCCACUGGGAAAGAGUCGGAUGCUUCACAGGAAAUAAAAGACCUACCCUCGAAGGAUGAAGUAAAUGCUUCUCCUGACGAAACUAAGCAAGAUUCCAAAGGUGUCAGUGAGGGAAAGGGUGAUGAUAAAAUAGCCAAAAAGGAAGAGACUAUUAAAAAGACUGAAGAGACCAUACCUGCUGGCACUCCUAAGGUGGAACAGGUUUCCGUUGUCCCUGAGACGGUGAAGACAACAGCGGACGAAUCCAAGGCUAUUGAUUCAGAGCCUUUGCCCAGUAUCACAUCAGAAACUGUGGAUAUUCCAAAGUCUGCUGAUAAGGAAUCAGAACAAACGCCAGAGCCAGUUACAAAGGUCCAAAUUGAAGAUACCCUGCCAGAAUCUAUAACGAAGCCGUUGGAAGAGCCCAAGGAGUUAGAAAAUGGCCUGGAAUCCAAAAAAGAGCUCCCAGAGAAAACGGAUGUCGUCGAAAGCUCUGACAGAGUUGAAGCUAUGAAGGAAGACACCACUCACAAUGUUGUAACGCUUCCUGUGGCCGAAUUCGGGGCUGACACUGAAGAGCCGAAGAAGGAAGCCCUUGAACAACUGGAUUCUGCAACUGCAGGGUCGGAGAGCAUCUCUAAACCUGACUUGGUGCCUGAAACUACCUCCAAGGCUGUCGAGGAGCCAGCCACUGACGAAUCGGCCGUGACAGCCUCAAAAGAGGCCGCAGGUGAAGAACUGACCAAGGGCGAGCCUCUAUCAGAGACCAUCAAGGAAGAAGCUAUCCCUGACUCCCUAGAUGAACCAACUGCCGCAGAGCCGGAGGCCACUUCAAAAGAGCAAACCAAGGAUGAACCAGCGGCUGAGCAAGAUGUAACGCCGAAGGCUACGCCUGAGGUUACGGAGAAACUCGCUUCAGAUGAAGUUAAUGAACCUGCUGCUGCGCCAGAAGCCUCUCAGGCUGAGCUGAUCCCGGAGACCGUAAAGGAUGAAAUCCUUGUCAACACCGAGGAACCCGUUUCCACAGAUCCAAAGGCUGCGGUUAACGACCCAGAAAGCACCCAGCUACCUCUGAAAGAAAUAAUUCCAGAUAAGGUUGUCGGCCCUGUUACCACAGAAAACGAAAUCAAGGAAACGCCAGCACCCGGGUCUGAUCUACUCUCGGAAUUUGUAAAAGAAGCCCCUGUUGACACUGAAGCAUCGGCCACAUCGGAAGCAAAGGCUGCCGUUGAGGAGCCAAAGGUUUCUGAAAUGACUGAAGGGGAGAAGGUGGCCCCAGUACCGGACACCACUACUGUAACAGAGAUUCCUGUAGAAACCGAAGAACCCAUUGACAACAACACGGAGGCAGCCACCGAAGCUUCUAAGGAUUCUGAAGUCAACAAGGAACGAGUUACCAAUGAAGAAAUCUCUCCAGAUAAAACCCCUGAAAAUGACGCCACAGCACCCGAUGAAGCUACUGGGGAACCAGAGGAAACCUCACAUGAGCCAGAAGCACCCACCGAAGUAUCAAAAGAAAUUGUCCCCGAGCCAGAACCUGCACCAGUCGAAUCCAAAGAUGAAGAGGUUCCAGGCACCACUGAAACUCCAGCUGCUGACAAACCCGAGUCAGAGGAAGUCGUCCCAGCUACUGAUAACACCGAAGCGACUCUUGAUGUGUCGAAUGACGCUGCCUCCACUAAUGAUGUUGAGGGUCCUUCCACAACAAAUGAGCCAGAACUAGCUGUUGAAGAACAAAAAGACGAGCCUGUGCUCGAAAUAUCAAAAGAGACUCCUUGUGAUAAGGUUGAAGAGAGUUCUGAAAAUGUAGUGAAAGAUGUCUCUCAGCCUGCCCCAACACCCGAUGAAGCUAAGGACGAACUCACCAGUGGAGAUACUGAACCUUCUCCAGAGCUUGUAAAACCAAGCAAAGACGAAUCUAGCACUGAUAAGGCCGAGGAUAUUGCAGAAAAGCCAGCGGGAGACAUAACCGAGGCUGACACCGCCUCGGAGGAAGUGGUUAGUGAAACCAGUAAGGAGGUUGAAGCCGCUGCUGAAGAACCAGAGAAGGAUGUCAAGGAAUCGGUUCAGGCCUUGGAAUCAGCUGAGGGUGACGUUGCCCCUGACAACAUUCUGGAAAAGGAGCCAGAGACUACCACAGAGGAGCAGCCGGUGAAAGCCGAUGGCAAACCAACGGAGGAGCUGCUGCAGCCCGCAGUUUCCAUGGAUGCUUUAGAACAAGUCAAGGAGAAAGCAGAUACUGCCGUAGACGAAACUCCUGUCCAAAAGGAUUUAGACAUCACUUCCGAAGAAUUAUCAAAGGAUGCUUCUGGACUUGAGACCACCGAAAAGGAGGCAAACGAUGUGCCUGCCGAUACUUCCGCCCAAGUUGAUGAAACUGGCCUUUCCCAUAUUUCUGCAACAGAGAGUAAGGCUGCUUUUGUUCCAGAAAGCAAUGACGUCUCUAAGAGCCAACCCGAGGUCACCGGCGAGGAAAUUGUUCAACCUGCUGAAACUAAGCAAGAGACUGGCGAUAUUGGUGGUGGAAUUGUGGAUCCUGCCUCAGAACCUGUCUCUGAAUCUGUACCCGAAAUUACAGAAAACCAAACUAAGGACACCUCUGCCGGGGAUAUUCAGCCAGAUAAAGAGAAUGAUAAGGCCUCUAAAGAACCUGUUGUUUCUGACUUGGCAGCAAUCGAAGGUGUUGAGAGCGUAAAAUCUCAACUAACUAGCCCAGAGGUUUCCGAACAGCCAACAAGUGAAGCACCCCAGGAUAACGCCGCCACUUCUGAACUUCCAACUGAGUCGAAUGAACCUACUGUAGAGGAAGAUUCGCCUGUCACUGAUGCACCUAAGGAGGCUAGCCAAAAGAUCUUAGAGACCGACGGCUCCAAGGAUACGGAAGAGACCUCAGAAAAAGUGCCUGAACACAUUAUUGAGGAAUCAAAGACGCCAGAUGAACAGAAAAUCUCUGAAAUCGAGGAGCCAAAGCUUGAGAAAUCAGCCAACGACACUGUUCCUAAGGGCGAGACACCAGAUUUUGCGCCAAUUGAAGCAGAAAGCAAAGAAGCUGACUUACCUAGUGAAGAUGCAAAGGAAGAGACAGGUCAAACAGUAGACGAGCCCUCCGACAAGCCGGCUGUUGAAGUUUCUGAAGGGUCUCGAGAGCUCGAUGUUAGCCAAAAACCUGAGGAAGUUCAUGACGAGCUGUCCAUUGUCCAGGAUGUUAACGAAGAGAUGAAUGCUCAACCUCAAGCAGAAAAUGUUGUGGAAGCACCAAUAGAUGUGCAAAAGAAGGCGGAUGUUGCAGUCAUCGAUACGCCGCCAGAGGUCCCGAAGGAUUCUGAUGAAAUCCACAAUGACGUCACUAUGGCCGGGGAAGAACUUAAAUCCGAAACGGAACGGAGCUUGGACCACGUUGCCAAAGUUGACGACAAGGAAGUCAAGGAAGCCGUAGCAGAAGAGCCCCCCACUGAGAAAGAGACUAUUGAAGCUGAGACUGGACCAGAAAACCAAGAUACCACUCCCGCUGUAGUUGAGCGGGUGGCGAACGAGACUCCUGUGCAAGAGCCUGAAACUACUGGAGAUGACGCCCCCAAGCCAGAGAACGUAGAAGAGGUUCCCAAACCAUGCGAUACCACUGAAGUAAAGAACGACGUACUCGAGCCUACCGAGCCAACGGUGGCUCCUAUGCAGGAAGAAAAAGAUGUUACCACGGCUGAAGUUGAGCUUCCAGAUGCUCCUGCUUCAGAGGUUGAGACGCAAGAUACUGUCUCUGCCCUAGCUCCCAAGCCCGCUGACCAGCCUGCCAGUAGCUUAAAUGAUGAGCAGGCGGUUGACACUUCUGCCCCUGCCGAGACCGUAACAGAUAACCUUGAAAAGACCGUUGCGUCUGAAACUGUGCCUGAGCCUACCAGUGAGGUUUCAAAAGAGGUUGAUGAAGUCUCACAGCCGCCAACAACCAACACUGACCCCGAGCCUGAGGUGCAUAUGAAUGAGGUUGAAACCACUAAAGAAGCCUCGGAUGAACAACAUGCAGAAAAAGUGGCCCAGGAAGAUGAGGGUGGAUCCAAAGCUGACCUGCCCGGUGUUUCAGUAGACUCCAUCCAGGGAGCUGACCUUCAAGGCAAACUCCAAUCAACUGAUACCAAAGAAGAGUUUGUGAUGGAUGAUGCAAAUCUUGACGCGACUCAACCAACGGAACCUACUACAGAGAAGGGGGAAGAGCCUGCGGACGCCCCUAAAACUAAUGGUGCUACGAUAGCUGCGGCGCUCGGGGCUGCUGCUGUUCUUCCUGCGGCGGCACUCCUAGCGGCUCAAGUCGGCAAGUCUAAAGCUACUGAUAGCAAAGCCACUAUCCCUGAAACAGAUGCCCCAGAAAACCUUCAGCAUGUCAACACGGACACCGUUCAGGAUCAACCAGAGGCUGAUGUGAAUGGCGAGUCUUCCAAAGAUGCUCGAUCCCUCCCUGUGCCGGAAGAUCCAGCUAUUGUCAAAGAUACCUCGACUACGGAUGCAUCGUCCGAAAACAACCAGGCCGAUAUAACUGAAAAUAAAUCUGCCCCUGUACAACAGGUGGAGGAAACAUCUACUGACAAAGAUGCGCAAGAGGCUGUUACCACUGGAACAGAGCCCGUCCCUAUAACUGAUGACGAGUCCAAGAAAACAACUGCAGCUGAGGCCUCUAAAUCCCCAGAGGAGCCAACUAGCAGCAGCACCGCGGACGCCGAUGCCUCUGCCGUCGUGGCCACUACCAAUGGUACCAAAACUAAUGGCACUAAAACCAACGGAACUUCUGAUGAGAAUCGUCCUCCUACUGGCAACCAGUCCGUUAGCUCUUUCACGGCCCAGCGGAGGGAUAACUUCCUCAAGGCUUUGUGGCGUGCAAUCUUCGUCAACUUUUUCGGCAGCCUCUUUGGAUUCCGCCGCCGUGACACCACUGCUUAA